AUGGCACAAGAGUUGGGCUGCUUGACGCCUCGCGAUGAUCUGGAUUCUCUGCACCCGAAGUUCUCGGGGCCAGACUCACUCCAGUUGCGCGCUCAGGGUCAAAAGCAGAUCCUGUCCCUGCUGCACGAGGUGAUCCAGCAGAAGAAGAUGGCCUCGCAAGAGCCUUGCGCAACUUCUCCCUGCAAGCCAUGCGCCUUCGUGGCCCGAAAAGGUGGCUGUGCUCGAGCAUCUUGCGACUUCUGCCAUGCUGAAACUCACAUCGAGCAGCGACGGACGGCGAGGCAGAAGGCACGCUGGCAACGUUCUUCUGGGCACCUCGCGGGUCUGAAAAAGCAGAAGCAGCACAAGAAUGCGAACUGA